AUGUCACGUGCUACCAAGUCCACUAUCGGCAUCUUAUUUUGGUUUGGAGAAAUGCCGAUCCCCAAGCCUCAUGGCGGCCAAUUACAAGAUUUGGUAUCUCGAGAUGAAAAUAAGAGAGAUAGGCUUUCUCAGGCCAUAUCGAGAGGAGAUUUACCAAUAAUCACGUUGACGGAUAGACAACUAUGUGACUUAGAAUUAUUAUUGAACGGUGGUUUCUCCCCUUUGAGCGGGUUUCUCAACGAAGAUGACUACAAUUCUGUAGUAGAAAACAUGAGGUUGAAAACUGUCCAGAACGAAGACGGAGAAGGACUCUUAUGGCCCAUGCCAAUAACACUUGACGUCACAAAACCUGUAUCCCAGCGCUUUUCAAUUGGCGAAAAAAUUGGGUUACAAGAUCCAAGAGAUAGGCAAAUUCUAGCAGUAUUGACUGUAGAAUCGAUAUAUCGACCAGACAAAGAAAAGGAAGCUAGGCUUGUUUUCAGAGGUGACCCUGAGCACCCAGCCGUGAAGUACUUACAUGAUGUCGCCGGUGAGUACUAUAUCGGAGGUUCUCUUGAAGGAUUGUCUUAUCCGAAGCACUAUGAUUAUUCGGAAAUUAGAAAAACUCCUUCUCAAUUGAGACAGGAAUUUGAAACGUUAGGAUGGGGUUCUCACAAGAUCGUCGCAUUUCAGACCAGAAACCCUAUGCACAGAGCUCAUAGAGAGCUUACAGUUAGGGCAGCGCGGGACCUAGGUGAAGAUAGUCAUAUACUCAUUCAUCCAGUGGUAGGUAUGACAAAACCUGGUGAUAUAGACCAUCAUACCAGAGUGAAGGUGUAUCAGCAGAUUUUGAAGAAGUAUCCUGAAGGGUUAGCAACCCUUGCUCUUUUGCCCUUAGCCAUGAGAAUGGGAGGCGAUAGAGAAGCUUUGUGGCACGCAUUAAUUCGCAUGAACUAUGGCGUAGAUCAUUUCAUCGUCGGCAGGGAUCAUGCUGGACCAGGAAAAAACUCCAAAGGGGUCGAUUUUUACGGCCCAUACGACGCGCAAGAUCUUCUUGCCAAAUUCGAGGACGAAUUGGCGGGGAAGAUCAAGGUUGUUCCGUUCAGAAUGGUCACAUAUUUACCUGAUGAGGACAGGUAUGCUCCUAUAGACACUAUCGAUACCAAUGCUGUGAAGACAGCAAAUAUCUCAGGAACAGAGUUGAGACAAAGGUUGCGAGAUGGGACUGAAAUACCCACGUGGUUUUCUUAUCCUGAAGUCGUGAAAAUUUUACGGGAUACAAAUCCUCCUCGCUACAGACAAGGAUUUGUGUUCCUUAUCGAUGUAACCGAUAUCGAGGAAGAACUUGGUGCCAUCAUCGCAUCUGCAUUACAGUCAUCAUUGAAUGAGCACUGUGGAGCUCGUAGAGUCACAAGACUUCCAAUCAGCUAUCAGGAUCCAUACUUAAUCAAUGAAUUUGUAAGGGCAGGAUCUGCUGUGAUCGUCCCUGUGCAAGGUGACUAUGGCUCAAUUGUCACUGCUGUCGGUGAAUUCAACACUAUUCAGGUCAAAUUAAAAAAGAACUCACCAGCAAUUUUAUACUCCAUCAACAAUGGAGACUUUGAAAAUGCCGAAGAAGCAUGUGCAACCGCGAUCAAAUUAUUGCAGUCUAAAGGAUUCUUUGUCCAUGAGAAUUGA